CCGCCCCUGUAUAAAAUGAUUAGACACAUUUUGUUUUGGGUCUAUCAAAGAGAGACCCAAAAAACCCAAAAAAAAAAAGAUGGAUCCUCCAAAUCUCCUUCUGUUGCUUCUUCUCAUGUUUGCUUCCACCAUAAACGCCCAAUUCCCAGCGAGCUACUGUGGUUCGACCGGCAACUUCACCGCCAACAGCACCUACCAAACCACCCUCACCACCCUCCUCUCCUCCAUCUCCACCACCAACUCCCUGUCCCUUUCCUACGGUUUCUUCAAUGUAUCUGCCGCUGUCUCCAGCACCUCGCAAACCCUCUACGUCUUUGGUCUCUGCCGCGGCGACUUAACCGCUCUGGGCUGCCGCGCCUGCCUCAAUGCCUUGGCCUCCAGCAUGCGCCGCCUCUGCCCCCUCCAGAAGGAGGCACUCCUUUACACUGGGAACUGCAUCAUCCGAUACUCGGACGCAUCAUUCUUCGGCACAGUUGCAACAGAACCCACCUACGUGGCGAGAACCGCUGACAACGUCUCGAGCCCAGACACGUACGACGCUACGAUGAGGAAGCUUCUGAACGGUCUGUGGGUCGAGGCGGCGGGUGGCGGCUCGCUGAGAAAGUAUGCAUCGGGGAACGAAUCAGCGGGGCCUGACAUGAUCUAUGCAUUGGUGCAGUGCACGCCGGACUUGACGGAGCAGCAAUGUAGCGACUGCCUGGUGAUAGGUGUCCAGAUGAUCAGGGAGUGCUGUGUUAGGUACACAGGAGGACGUUUCAUGGUGCCUAGUUGCCUGAUCCUAUACGAGACCAAUAAUAAGUUUUUCGAUCCGGUCAGUGAACCACUUCCGGCACCGCCACUGUUGCCAUCAGUUGGAAAGAGUAAUUUGAUGAUGACUGUGAUCAUUGCGGUCGUCACAAGUGUUUCUGCCCUACUUGUCACCGGCAUUGUCGUGCUUCUGAAAGUGAAAAGGAAGAUGAACCAGCCCAGACAAAGUGUUGAAGGCGAGUUUUUAUCCUUUUCAUUGGAACACCAACUGUUCAUGAGGUUAAAAAAGAUCAUGAAAGUAAUUAAGUUGACUAAUGACUAUGAUUUUGCACCAGCAAAGUAGUAAGAG